UAUCCAGCAUAUAAAGAAUUGUGUGUUUAUAUGUGAAAAUAAAACUAACAUAAAAAACAUUUUUUUAAAAAUAAAUUUGACGUGCCAAUGGAUUGAAACAAUGUAUGAAAAAAAUCAUGUGUUUUGGUAUUGUGCGUUUCUGCUCGUCGCAUCGUCUUCGCAAGACUUGACAAAUGACAACAAAGAUAUCCAAUAUGACGAUAUGCAAAAUGAAUCCAGCACUAUGAGUAACUAUUGGCAGAAUGAUAAUUUGAAAUUGAGGAAUGAACUCACAACGCAAUUUAUAGAAAAUCAUUGGAAUGAGAAUCUAUUAUUGAUGCAGUCUCAACAGAGCACACAUGCAAUCGAGAUCAACGAUAAAAAGAACUUCACUACACAAGAAAUCCACGAAAACGGGAUGAAAAUUGAAGACGAGAAUAGUUCUAUGCCCCACGAUAUUUUAAAAAAUUUUAAUACAAAUAAUAAAAAUAAUUUUGUUCCACUUGAGAUGUGCGGCAAUAUUAUCUGCAUUCAACUAUGCUGUCCUAUUGGUAAACAUCUAAUUAAUGGAAAUUGCAUUGCUGAAGAAAAUGAAUAUAUUUUCUCGAAUCUGAACAGAUAUAUAAACAAUUUGUUGCAAAAUAAAAAUGAAAGGAUGGAUGGACUUUUUUACUGGACCAUUCGUGAACCGUAUGAUGAAACUGAAUUCAUUAAUUUGGGUCAUUUGAACUAUAAUGAGACAUGGUACACGAUUUUUGCUAACGGCACUCUGUUUUUUUCUUAUACCAAUGUUUCGAUUGAAUCAACAAACUAUUGUCUUAGUGCUCUGGAUCAAAAUAACUUUGAUACAAGCAUCCGUUCGAAAGCUUUAAAGAAAGCAUAUAGAGACUUACUCGACCAUGAUAGUGACAAAGCAAGAGAACUCUUAAACAUUCAUAUUAUAAUACUGAUUUUGCGUUUGGUAUCUAUGCUGUUCAUGUUAAUAACAUUUUUAAUAUACUCUAUACUGCCAGAGCUUCGUAAUAUACACGGCUUUAUACUGCGUAAUUACUGCGCUUUAAUGUUUGUGGCAUAUAUGGCCGAUAUGAUGAACAAUGAAGUCAGUGGGCUAUAUGUGGAGUACCCCAUGUGUAUUACAAUCGCUUUAGCCUGUUAUUUUUGUUAUUUGGCCACUUGUUUUUGGUUAACUGUGAUGAGUUUUGACAUGUGGUGGACAUUUAGAGAUUUUAAUUCGUUACAAAGAAGCGGAAAACAACAAGAAAGAAAGAAAAUGAUCUUGUAUUCCUUGUACGCGUGGGGAAGUUCCUUCAUUUGUACUAUAAUCUGUGUUAUCAUAAAUUUCAUUCCUAACGUGUCGGAAUACUUGAUUCCGCCAAAACUUGGUAUAUUUAUUUGUUGGUUUAAUGAAAAUGGUGCAGCAUUCAUAUAUUAUUGGCCACCUAUACUUAUCUGCGUUUUUAGUAGCAUUUGCUUAUUUAUCAUUACAGCGUUGAAGAUUACGCGCUAUGAGAAGGAUACAGCUCAGCAUAUGAAAGACUCGGAAAGUCGACUUUAUCAUAAAAAUAAAAAAUGGUUCAAAUUGUACUUCAAGUUGUUUGUCAUAGUAUUUAUUAUGGUUGGAGUAACGUGGAUUAUGGCGAUAUUAUUUUGGCAGUUUUCUGGUUCAAUAAAAAGAUGGCAUCAGUUUCUUAUCUAUUCAAUGGACAUGAUGCAAAGCUUUGGUAUAUUUAUCAUAUUCGUGUGUAAGAAGUCGAUCAAACAGCUAUUGUUGAAGCAAUUCGACUGUCAAAAUUGCAAUGUGUUUCCAAAAACUAGACGGCUUACAUCUAUUACCGAACAGAAUACCAGCACCACUACAUUAGGAACAACUUCUUUGUAAAAAAAAAAAAAAAAAAAAUUUAAACAAAUCGCGCGAAGAAUUUGUGUGAUCGAAGAGAGACUGACCUUUAAUUUUAAUUUUACAAAUGCAUAGAAAUGCGACCGUUCAAAUAUUCUGUAAGCAAUUUAUGUGUAUAUAUAUGGAAUAAAUUCAUUUAUCUCACUCAAGCAUA